CAACGGCGCCGCUCUCACUCCGUCCGGCGCUCUCCCCCCACCUCCACCCCCCUCAUCCGCAUCGCCUUCCCCGUUCCUCCCUCUCACCACUAGCACCGUAGCACGUCGUCACACACACAGGCACACAGACAGGCACACACACACACAGGCAGGCACACACACACAGGCACACACACACGCACCCCCCCCUCUCGGUCUUCGCCAUGGCGGACAGGAUGAGGAGGUCUUUGCUCGCCGCUCGGUUGCUGCCUCUCCUCUGCGCGUCUUUCUCCCUGCAUUGUUGCGCGGGGGGCUCACUCCGCGGUGGUGGGGGGCUCGUCGGCCCGCGCGAUGCUCAACAGAUCGCCCCCCACAAAGAGGCCGCCGGCCCUGAGAUAUAUUCCCACCGUCGUCUGACUUUUGUCGAAGUGCCAGCAGCAGCAGGAGCAGCAGCAGCAGCAUCAGCGCAAAGAGGAUCGGCGGCAUCAUCAGCAGCAGCAGCGGCAUCCGCAGCAGCAGCAGCGGCGGGAGCCCGAGGGGAGAAGAGGGUGGAGGAGAGCCAUCGACGUGACAGCGUGAACCUGCUGGUCUUCAUCCUGCUGCUCAUCAUCACCAUCCUCACCACUUGGCUCUUCAAGCACCGGCGCGUGCGCUACCUGCACGAGAGUGGCUUGGCGCUCAUCUACGGCUUGCUGGUAGGCGUGACUCUCCGCUAUGCGUCCGUCCCGGGCCCCCCCACGCCGCCCCCCCGACUGGACUGCCCGCUGGUGGACGGGGGGCCCGACACGCUGGUGGUGAAUGCGAGUGGCCAGCUGCUCGAGUACACGUUGCGCCGGCGCGUCGGCCCCGACUCCGCACCCGGGCACCCCGAGAACCAGCUGCUGCAGCAGGCGACCUUUGACCCAGAAGUAUUUUUCAACGUAUUGCUCCCUCCAGUAAUCUUCUACGCCGGGUACAGCCUCAAGAGGCGGCACUUUUUCCGAAACCUGGGUUCAAUCCUGACAUACGCAUUCCUGGGCACCGCGAUAUCCUGCAUCAUCAUUGGGCUCAUCGUCUACGGCUUCACGCAGAUCCUCGUCGCCAUGGGGCAGCAACGCAGCAGCGGAUUCUACUUCAACGACUGCCUCUUCUUCGGCGCCAUCGUGUCUGCCACUGACCCAGUGACCGUCCUGGCGAUCUUCCAGGACCUGCGGGUGGACGUGGAUCUGUACGCGCUGCUCUUCGGAGAGAGCGUCCUCAACGAUGCCGUGGCCAUCGUGCUCGCAUCCUCCAUCGCGCUGUACAGCCCCGCGUCGGGGAACCCACACUCGUUUGACGCCAGGGCCUUCUUCAGCGCCGUCGGCCACUUCGUGGGCGUCUUCAGCGGCUCUUUCGCCAUGGGGGCCUCCACCGCCGUGCUCACCGCCCUCAUCACCAAGUUCACGAAGCUGCGGGAGUUUGUGCUGCUUGAGACGGCGUUGUUCUUCCUGCUGUCGUGGAGCACCUUCCUGCUGGCCGAGGCCUGCGGGAUGACAGGGAUCGUGGCGGUGCUGUUCUGCGGCAUCGUGCAGGCGCACUACACCUACAACAACCUGUCGGAGGAGUCGCGGCUCAGGACCAAGCAGUUCUUCGAGUUGCUCAACUUCUUGGCGGAGAGCUUCAUCUUCUCGUACAUGGGCCUGGCGAUGUUCACGUACCAGCACCACGUCUUCAACCCGAUCUUCAUCGCCGGCGCCUUCCUGGGCAUCUUCAUCGGCCGAGCGUGCAACAUCUACCCGCUCUCCUUCCUGCUGAACCUCGGCCGUCGCCACCGCAUCGGCUGGAAUCUGCAGCACAUGAUGAUGUUCUCAGGCCUGCGUGGGGCCAUCGCGUUCGCUCUGGCCAUCAGGAACACCUCGCUGCCCGCCCAGCAGACCAUGCUCACCACCACGCUCUUCAUCGUCUUCUUCACCGUCUGGUUCUUUGGCGGAGGCACCACUCAGAUGCUCACGUGGCUCAACAUACGUGUGGGCGUAGACCCGGACGACGAUUCCUUCACAGAACCUUCACGCAGAUCAUUGCGAUUGUCCCCUGUGCCACCCUGCUGCAUCGCGCAGGACUCGUCCCAGGGCCUCGGGGGUCGCUCCACCAAGGAGGACAGCGCGUGGCUCUUCCGCGCGUGGUACAACGUCGAUCACAACUACCUGAAGCCGCUGCUGACGCACGCGGGGCCCCCGCUCACCGCCACCCUGCCCGGCUGCUGCGCACCCCUCGCCCGCCUCCUCACCAGCCCACAGGCCAUGCAGAACGAGGGACGACUUCGCGACGAAGACGUCGUCAUCCCAGAGACGGAGCUGUCAUUCAACAUCGGGGGCGGAGUCGAUCCCAGCCACGCCCACCGGCACGCCAAGCCCCGCAGCGACGGCAGCGAUGGCCAAUCAGAGCGCGGCGCCUUCGGGGGGCCCUGGGGGCCGGGCGCCCAGGAGCUCCACCCCACUCACGUCACCGCCCCCUACGGCGGUGGCCCCGCCCCCUACGGCGGUGGCUCCGCCCCCUACGGCGAUGGCCCCGCCCCCUACGGCGGUGGCUCCGCCUCCUACGGCGGUGGCCACGCCCCUUACGUCAGUGGCUCCGCCUCCGUGGAGUUCAGCUCCGCCCCCACGGACUUUGGCUCCGCCCAGACGGGAUCAGGGGUCAACACUGGCAGUGUGCCCACGUAGAGAGAUGGCCCCCCGGGGUCACGGAACACUGAUGAACUGUGACGCAGGCGAAGCUGCCUCCAUCGCAGCCGCUGCCCCGUCUCACCCCUCCGCUUGCCUCGUUGUCCACAUCGACGUCACUACGUUCAGUUACAGGAGCUGGCGGUAACGGUGCCCGUAGCCGUGACCAAAAUCGAGGAUUUGUGAAAACGUGUUUAGAGUUUCAUUUUUUUUUAUUUCACUUGUAACAAACAAAUAAAACGAUCGCCCGUGUAUCUUCUCGCAGUCGCUCGCGUCUCGCCGGUUUUUCCCGGGAGAACCUUCACGGCUGACCUCGUUGAAGCCAGCCGCGCGGCCGAGACGAUUUCCCUUCCUUUUCAGUUUGUGUCCAGUAAACGCGAUUCGGUGGUGGGACGUUAGAAAACGAAAAUCGACAUUUGCAGUGACCGGCGCCGGAAUUGUUUAGCGGUUGCGGCGUCACCGCGCGGUUCUGCCCGGCUCCGUGGCUGCGUUUGUCCGAGAGGCGCUCUCGUGAGCUCAGCAUAAUAAUCCGCGUCAGCGUUGGCAGCAGGCGAGCGUUGGUGCAGAGUUCAGUUUUCUUGCAGCAGGUAACUUCGAGCAAGACCUCUGCAUGUAUUGUGGGUCCUUGGACAACAACAAAAAUAACAACGAUAUUUAUCAUCGACCAGUUCGUUACGUUCGCGCUGCACGUGUCAAACUCACGCCUUUCGAUGCUGCCGCCAAACCGAUCAAUAAAUUUACGACAGAAAUUGGCCACGCCAGUACUCACGAUCCCGAGUGAGGUUGAAGCCACCGGGCACGGCCACAAAGCGAAUCGCCUCGUCGCUGUGUAAACGUUGCAUCGCAGCCACAAUUGACCUCCGCCGGCGGUGGCGGUGGCUUGAGGAGACCUUCAUCCAGCAGUAGAUUGACCACGUCUGGUGAUGAUGAUGGUCCCGCAGAAAGCUCAGCACAGGUGCGAGCGCUCGAAAGGAGGCAGUGCCGAGUGGCGCGCUGUGUUUUUAGCGACCGCAUGAAAGCACGCAUCCACGCGCGAACGUGCGAGCGCACGGAGUCGUCACCGAGCCGUCAGCUCGGUGGCGGCUCCGUUUUCCCUCCACGACGAUUUGCACUUGCGCCGCGUCGUGCGGGGCGCGCGCGUUGGGGCACGGGGGCCCCGUGCUGGUGCGUAAGAAUAUUUCUGUCCCUCUUCUGCCGUCGCCGUCGU